CUUUCUCCUCUCCUCUCUACUCGCUUGCUUGCAGAACACUGUUGUACAAACCAGUGGAGAAGAAGACUAGGAAUCAUGGUUUCUCAAAAGUUUUACCUGCACCUGCUCACAUUUGUCACCUUACUGACCUUACUGGCUCUCUCGGAUGUUGCAAGCGAAAACACGCUGGAAAAACUCUUGAAAAGAGUGGACAGUGAUGUAAAACCAGCUGCCGCAGUGGCAGUAACUCCGUCCAAGGCCAAACAGUUCCUGACAUCCCUAAAAAGGCCCAAAAGAAAUCUAUGGGAACGCAACCGCCCAGAUGUUCAACAGUGGAUCCAACAGUUCAUGUACAUGGGAUUUGAUGAAGCAAGACUUGAAGCUGACCUCUCCUAUUGGAUGGACCACUACCGUUCCAAUGACCAGAGUCGCCAGCAUCACUAUGAUGAAAAUGCACCCAUGGGACCUCGGGGUGCUGGGUCAUACAGGCAUGGGGCAAACGUCAACUAUGACUACUACUAAGACCCCUUUUCCUUUCAGAAUCGCUUCACUGCUGCAAAGAACUUAAUAAGAUUAGGUGGUUGACAUGAUCUCUCUCUUUCAUUUACUUUGCAGAGAUGUCAGCUUGCUUCCUUUUGUUGCAUAUGCUGUUUUUUUUUAUGUACUUCCUUUCGCAAAAUGGCAAUAGACAGAAAUCAAGAAUAAAGCCCUUUAAAAAAAAAAAUUUAAAAACUGUG